AUGUAUAUGUAUAGUAUAUGUAUCUUCUCUUUCUUCUCUCUCUUUGUCUAUAAUAAUAACCUUAUUCAAGAAAGAAAGACCUUUAGAAGUUUCGGCGGACUUGAAAGGGUUUUUAGUCGAGAGCCUGUCACAACACCUUGGUUUCCUUUAGUGGAUAAUGUUAAAAGAUUAAUGACCAAUCCAAGUUCAAGUGUUGUUACCAAUAUCUUAUCUAUAUACACAUUUGAAUGUAGCCAUACUAAUCAUACUUCAAGUACUUAUGUCAUCUAUGAUUGGUAUAGUGGAGGAAUGAACAAAUCAGUAAUCCCAACCAUGUCUUUAGUUCAUAUUAUCUAUCAAAUUUAUUAUUAUCAUAAAGAUUAUCAACAUUCAAAAGAAACAAUAAUUGAGACUUUAAUCAAAGGGAGUUUUGGAAAAGCAGCUAGUUAUCCAACCUACCCAGUUUCAAUUCAACACAAAUUAAUUGGAACAUGGCAAGAUGGAUCAAGAGGUGGUCAAACCUUUUCCCAAUACGACAUUGUAUUGAGCAACCACGGUAACAAGAACAUCAAACAAAUUGUCAUUGGUACUGAUGCCACAUGUAGACUCAGAGACAACAACUCUAUCUGGAAUGUCAAGGUUGUUGAUGGUCCAUCAUUUAUCGAUUUCCUCAUCCUCCCAUCAUACCAAGAUAUCAAUGCUGGUGCCUCUUACACCUUUGGUUACAUUAUCCAUGGUUCAUCACCUGCCAAUCUCUUUGUCAAGAAUGUUAUCUAUGCUUAA